AAUAUGACCUUUGACCUGAAACUCGAGCGCCGAAAUUUUCUUCAUCAUGCGAAAUUUCAAGUUCAAGCUUUCCCGCAGUGCCAGACAGAAGCAAGAACAAGCGAGUAACUCCUGCGAGACGACUCUGUCUGGAGUCAUCCCCCCGACGCAGGCACCAUGCACCUCCCAAGCAUCACUCGCUUCCUGGUUUCAAGCCCCAUCCAAGUCAGCCCCGACCCUCCCUCUUAAACCCCUAUCCAGCAACAACACUUCAGCAACAGCUGCUGCGUCCCGUCAGUCGAGCUUGGCUUUGGCCCCACCUUUGCCUAAGUUGCUCGCAUCCUCUGACCCUGUCACAUCACCUGUGCAAACCUCAAAGCCUGUUGCAUCAGUUCUGCCUUACACACCUCAGAACUCAGCUGGCAAAGUUAGCAGGAAGUCAUCUGACCAGCAUUCUUCUUCAAAGUUUUUUGAACUGAAUGAUGUGUUCACCAUUGAAGAUUCCUUGCCCAAUGAUCUUGAUGACUUGGAUGAUUUCCAAGAAUCUCCACUAUCAGAUAAAAAGAAGCAGCACAGUCCACGAAUUGAUAAAGUUAGAGGAUGGAAUGUGAAGCCAUCACCAGGGAGGAGAGAUGGGAAGAGUUAUGAAUGCAUUGACCUGACAGAUAGCGUGGGCAAGACAGCCAGACAAGAAGGGAAGACCAGCUGUCCGGACUACUCGCGGGAGCAGUCAGAUGAGGAGAGCGCAGAUGAGAAGCUAAUCAACAGAUCUAGACGAUUGAGUAGACGUCACAAAGCAGCCUUGAUAACAGAUGACAGCGAUGAAGACGAAAAUAAGGAGAAUAAUGAGGCCGACUUUAAUCUUGCUCUCCACGGAUAUUCUACAAAUACUCUGAAUUUUAUGCCAGCCACCUGUGAGUUUUUUCAGGAGAGUCAAGACAGGGCAGAGAUCCAAGACCCAGAUGACUUGAUUGAUAUUCCGAGUCCCUCACCUCCGCCUACCGAGUAUGAGUACUACUCGGAUCCAGAUGAUGUGUACCCCUCGUUCACCAACCAAGAUCAGGCUGCAACUGACAUGGAAGAGUUCUCCCCGCAGACUACAAGAAGCGCUCUACAUCCGAAGUCUUCCCAUCUGGAAGCACAGCUUAGUACAGCUGCAGCCGAACAGAGCACUAAAGAUGCUGGCAACCAAGAAACUGGAGGGUCGACAGCGAGGGACUCGAAAAAUGUCUCUCCAGUUGAUGAAAGGUACUACAUGAGUCAUCCAUCGAUGCAGCCCUUGCCAUCCAAGAUUUCUAGCGGUGGCCUGCAAGAAAGGAUCGAUAGUCUGAAGCAGCUGAUGUUUGAUGUCAUGGAGCAAAUAUGUGACAAUGUAGACUCUGUCUUAAUUCAACAAGAGAGGGCAGCAGAUUGGAACACCUCAAGCCUCUACUGGCACUCAGGAAACGAAUCAAAGCUAAACACAAGCAAGCAGAAGCCAAGCUGAGACAGCUUAACUCAGGAAUAAACCACCGAACCUCAACGAGCCCACAAA